GGCCGCGGCUCCUCCCCGGGCCAUGGCGGGGCGGCUGCUGCGGGCGGGCGGCGGGCGCAUGGCGUUGGCCGCGCUGCCCCGCGCCCUCCUCGCCGCCCCCGAGCCCGGGCUGUGCCGCCGCCGCGGCUGCGCCCCGGAGGAGGCGGCGGGGGAGGCGGAGGCGGCGCUGCUUUCCAUGGGCUUCAGCCAGGCGCAGGCCCGGCGGCUCCGCGGGCUGCAGCCCCGGCUCGGCCCGCAGCGGGCGGUGGCGGCGGCGGAGCAGCUGCUGCUGCUGGGGCUGAGCGCCGAGGCCGCGCUGGGCCUGCUGGAGCGGAGCCCGGAGCUGCUGCGGGCGGCCGAGGCGCAGCUGAAGGAGCGCGCCGAGUACCUGAGGCGCCUGGGGCUCGGCGGAGGGCACCUGCAGCGGGUGGCCGGGCGCUGCCCCCAGGUCUUCACCUUGCCCCGGCGGAGGAUGGAGGCGGCGGUGCGGGUGCUGCGGGAGAAGUGCCUCUUCACGGCCGAGCAGCUGACGGAGGUCCUGCAGAGCUGCCCCGGGGUGCUGCUGGAGGAGCCGGGCAGCCUCCAUUACCACUUCCAGUACGCGUACUUCAGGAUGGGGGUCCGCCAGAAGGAGAUGGUCAAGGCACGUCUUUUCCGAACGCCCUUCGCUGAGCUGAGGAACCGGCACAUCUUCCUGGAGCGCCGGGGUCUCUACCAGACCCCUCUCAAGGGCCAGACCCAAACCAAUAACCCCAAACUGAAGGAGGUCCUUCAUCUCCCUGAAAAAGAGUUCCUGGCCAACCUGGCCCGCGCCACCCCAGAGGAGUACGAGGUCUUCAAGAAGCUGCUGGCUCGAGAGGAGGAGGAGAAGGAAGAGGAGGAAGAAGAAGAGGAAGAGGACAGGGAUACAUUGUAUAUAGAGGGAGAUAAGGGCUUGGAUGAUGGCAGUAGAAGAGUCUGACAGUGAGGAUGGGAGGCUCCACGGUGUCCCCCAGGCCUCCCAGCCCUACCACCCAGAGCACAGGUGUGAGCCACAGCAGCUGUGGGAUCCUGCAAGGCAGCAGUAAAUCCCAUAUAUCACAACACAACACUGACCCCUUUUUCCUCCUCAUUGACCAGGAGCUUUAGAAAAUAUCCAGUUUCUAUCAAGUGUUUUUAUUAAAAACAA